GUGUGGGCUUGGGGACGGGGACGUACGUACUCCCUUACCUGAACUCAUCACUACAAGAAACCCUUGCUUAUUCCAUGCAAAGCAUAUGGUUUAGGCGACGCUAAGUAAUGCCGCAGCGCCUUUGUCUUCCUCUACAUAUACCCCAUGGGGCUCGCGCUUGUCUCCCCACUGCUUCACCACGCUCGCAGAGAUGAUCACCUGGGAGGACUUUUACACCGUGAUGUGCGCCAUGAUCCCCCUCUACUUCGCCAUGUUCCUCGCCUACGGCUCCGUGAAGUGGUGGAAGAUCUUCACACCGGAGCAGUGCUCCGGCAUCAACCGCUUCGUCGCCACCUUCGCCGUCCCCGUCCUCUCAUUCCACUUCAUCUCCCACAACAACCCCUACCAGAUGGACUCCCGCUUCAUCCUCGCCGACACCCUCUCCAAGCUCCUCGUCCUCAUGGCCAUCUCCCUCUGGGCCGCCCUGUCCGCCGCCUUCGCCAGCCCCCGUCGCCGCGGCCGCCGCCUCGACUGGGUCAUCACCCUCUUCUCCGUCGGUACGCUCCCCAACACUCUGGUGAUGGGCAUCCCCCUCCUCCGCGCCAUGUACGGCGACUUCACCCAGAGCCUCAUGGUGCAGCUGGUCGUCCUGCAGUGCAUCAUCUGGUACACUCUUCUGCUCUUCCUCUUCGAAUACCGUGCGGCCACGCUACUCAUCGAGGAUCAAUUCCCGGGUACGGCGGCGGCCGCCAUUGCCAAGUUCGAGAUAGACGGCGACAUCAUCUCACUUGACGGGCGAGACCCGAUCCAGGCGGAGUCGGAGAUCGACGCGGACGGCCGCCUCCGAGUACGCAUCCGACGGUCCACUUCGUCCGCGCCGGGCUCGGGCAUGUCGUCUUCGCUCGGCAUCACGCCACGCCGCCUGUCGAACGUAUCCGGCGCAGAGAUAUUCUCGGUAAACACGCCGGCCAGGCAGCCGCAGCCGGCGCCGGCGGAGCAGCUCACGGUGCGAGACAUCACGUUUGGGUACCGGUCCGCGAGCCCGCACCCGUCAGGGUACGCGUCCUCCGACGCGUACUCGCUGCAGCCCACGCCGCGGGCGUCCAACUUCAACGAGCUGGAGAUCUGCACGCCGGUGUGGGUGCGGUCGCCGGCGGUGGCUGGGGGAGUGAAGCUGGCGUGGGAGGGCUGUGGAGGACGAUGCGGACAAGUCGACAAGGAUGUCGGGGCAGGGGAGAAAGAUCUAAGCUUUAGGAGCACCUCAAAGUUUGUGGUACGCAAAGAAGACGAGAUAGAGAUGGAGGGAGAAGCUGAGCAAGAGAUGCCGGCCGCGCUGGUCAUGCUGAGGCUCAUCCUCACCGUCGUCGGCCGGAAGCUCUCCCGCAACCCGAACACAUACUCCAGCAUAUUAGGCCUUCUCUGGUCUCUGAUCUCGUUCAAGUGGGAUAUCAGCAUGCCAAGUCUGCUAAAGGAGUCCAUUAAAAUUAUCUCAGAUGCAGGCCUUGGCAUGGCCAUGUUCAGCCUUGGAUUGUUCAUGGCUCUGCAACCAAGGAUCAUUGCCUGUGGGCCAAAGAUGGCAGCCAUAAGCAUGGCGAUUCGGUUCCUUAGCGGACCCACGGUGAUGUCAGCUGCAUCCAUGGCGGUGGGAUUAAGAGGAGUGAGGCUGCACACAGCCAUCGUGCAGGCAGCUCUUCCUCAAGGGAUCGUGCCUUUCGUCUUCGCCAGAGAAUAUGGACUGCACCCUGAUAUCUUGAGCACUGGGGUCAUCUUUGGGAUGCUUGUCUCCUUGCCUGUAACCCUACUUUACUACGUUCUCUUGGGUCUGUGAGAGAAGAACACCCAACCAUCAAAGUAAGGUGAAGGAAAGCAUCCAAAGUGCCCACCGGUACAAAAGCUUCAACAAGCGUGAACACACUCAGAAAAAGUGUAGAUUAGGAUCAUUCGGAUCAUUCAACUGUGUGGUGAAGACUGCAAUGGAGUGCACCACCCUGCAAAGCUUAGUGGCAUCCGAAAGGAAACUCCAGUGUGGGGUUGACCAUGGAUGACUAAUCAUGCCAUUGACUCUCCUUUUUUGUGUUUGCUUUCUGUGUUAAUGAUUGCCUGCUCUGAGAUUUAGGAAGUCAAAUCUCCAUUCUCGUAGAAGGUUUGAGCAUUUUGCACUCUGUUUCCCCUGUGUAAUUGAUGUGGGUUGUCUUGUCCUGUAACAAGGCAA